UCCCCACCGUCUCUCCUUAAUCUCCCAGAUUGUCGGCGACUUGCUGCAGUCGAUGCUGCAGCUCUGAGCCGCUCCCGACCGGCCCCGGGACACCUGAACCCAUGAGAGAGACAUGCUCGCAUUCGUCCUGGUCUCUGGUUCACUCUGGAUUAUAUUAGAAUUGAGUUCCACUCUAAUGGAGAAGAUGCAGGCCCAGGAAAUGAUGAGUGGCCUGAGGAUACCAGAGAUGGACGAGCUCGGCCAGUUCUUCCGCUCGCUGCCGACCUCCACCUUGGUGGGCAUUGGGGCCUUGACAGCCGUGUUGGCGUACUGGUUUGCCACCAGGCCUCGACCCGUCAAGCCUCCCUGUAGUCUCCUUCACCAGUCUGAGGAAGUACCGCAUGAAGGUGGAGGUCGAAGAUCCAUGAUGGGAGACCCGUCUAGGUUGCUGACUCAUUACCAUGACGAUGCCAGGACCAUGUAUGAGGUCUUCCAGAGGGGUCUUCAUAUAUCUGGUGACGGACCCUGCCUGGGCUCUCGACUCCCAAACCAGCCCUACAAAUGGUUGUCCUAUAAAGAGGUUAGUGCCCGGGCAGAGCAUCUGGGAUCGGGCCUUCUGCACCAGGGCUGCCAACCCAACCCCAGCCAGUUCAUUGGAGUGUUUGCACAGAACAGGCCUGAGUGGAUCAUCUCAGAGUUGGCUUGUUACACCUACUCCAUGGUGGUGGUUCCGCUUUAUGACACGCUUGGUGCAGACGCUAUACGGUUUAUCAUUAACACUGCUGACAUCUGCACCGUAAUCUGCGACAAAGUGGAAAAAGCUCAGGUUCUUUUGGAAAAUGUGGAGCGGAAGGAGACACCAAAGCUGCAGAGAAUCAUUCUGAUGGAUGCCUUUGGCUCGGAGCUCGAGGAACGUGGCAAGGGUUGUGGUGUCCAUGUGCAGGCACUUCUGGAAGUUGAGGCUCUGGGCAGAGAGCACUACAGAAAACCUACCCCACCAGCGCCUGACGACCUGUCUAUUGUGUGUUUCACCAGUGGGACGACAGGAAACCCCAAAGGGGUCAUGCUCACUCAUGGAAACGUAGUGGCAGAUUUUGCAGGAUUCCUUAAAGUCACAGAUAAAGUAAUUUUUCCAAAUCAGGAUGAUUGCCUCAUCUCCUUCCUGCCGCUGGCCCACAUGUUUGAGAGACUAAUUGAGAAUGUGGUCUACUGUCACGGAGGGCGGAUCGGGUUUUAUCAGGGCGACAUCCGGCUCCUGCCGGACGACAUGAAGGCCCUCCGGCCGACCAUUUUCCCCGUGGUGCCUCGGCUGCUCAACCGCAUGUAUGACAAGAUUUUUAGCCAGGCAAACACCCCUUUGAAACGCUGGUUGCUCAACUUCGCUGCCAAGAGAAAAGGGGCCGAGGUCAGCAGAGGGAUAAUUCGCAGUGACAGCAUCUGGGACAAGAUCUUCUUCAGUAAGAUUCAGGCCAGCCUGGGAGGAAGGCUGAGGAUGAUUAUAACAGGAGCAGCUCCUACCUCACCCAGCGUCCUGAGUUUUCUCAGAGCAGCUCUUGGUUGCCAGGUAUAUGAAGCGUACGGACAAACAGAGUGCACGGCUGGAUGUACCUACACCACACCUGGAGACUGGACCUCAGGACAUGUUGGGGCUCCACUGCCGUGUAACCUCAUUAAACUGGUGGAUGUUCCUGAGAAGAACUACUUUGCAUCUAAGGGUGAGGGAGAGGUCUGUGUGAAGGGACCAAAUGUGUUUAAAGGCUACCUCAAAGACCCAGAGAGAACUGCCGAGACGUUGGACACAGACGGUUGGCUACACACCGGAGAUAUCGGCAAAUGGUUACCUAAUGGCACGCUGAAGAUCAUCGACAGGAAAAAGCACAUCUUUAAGCUGGCGCAGGGCGAGUACAUCUCCCCUGAGAAGAUUGAAAACAUCUACAUCAGGAGUGAACCGGUGGCACAGCUGUAUGUUCAUGGAGAUAGUCUGCAGUCCUGUUUGGUGGGAAUUGUGGUCCCUGAUCCUGAAGUGAUGCCUGAGUGGGCCAAGAAGAAAGGCAUCCUGGGAACCUACAAGGACCUCUGUAAAAACACGGAACUAAAGAAGGCCAUCCUUGAAGAUCUGGUGCGUCUGGGUAAAGUCAAUGGCCUCCUGUCUUUUGAGCAGGUAAAGAAUAUCUACAUCCACAAUGAGAUGUUUUCCAUCGAGAACGGGCUCUUGACGCCAACGCUGAAGGCCAAACGACCUGAGCUGAAGGAGUUCUUCAAGAAGAGGAUCGACGAUCUCUACAGCAGCAUCUCCAUGUGAAGGCCGCCAUGAGCAUCCUGACGCUAAAGAUCUGCUUAGACCUGCAGAGGGACAAUUCUACAUCCCAGAACCAUGCUUUGGGAAAGUAAACCAAAACUGUCCUAAAUGUGGAGGAUUUAAACUGGCUGUUCAGAACAACUUAAACUAGGAAUUUAAAAAAAAAAAAACCUGACACUUCACAUCGUCAUAUUUAUUUCUUCAUUUUUUUAUUUUUAUUUUUUGCAUUUGCUGCAUAAAUAUACAGAGCUAUAUGCUUGAGAAAAUAAGUUUUCUUUGUGUCAUUAAUUUGCCACAUAUAACAAUUCAAAACACAAGAAACAAAUCAGUGUUAAACACUGAACUGUCCAGCAGAUGAAAGCAUAGAACUGCAUGUACCGCAUAUGCAAAGCAGUGCUUUCUUUUAUUUAUUUUUUUUGUUUCGUUUUUAUCAGAAUGAAACAGUAAAUUCCUAAGAAAUACAUAUGACCAUGUGCAUCGUGUUCCAUUAUGUCUUUUUUUUAUAUUGGUUUUAAAUUAGGCAUUUUAAAUCUUACCAACACUGCUACCUGCUAUUUAUCUAAACAAAUCAGCUCAGAUCCUCGUAGCAGGGGGAAAAAAACCCAGCACUGAGCAGAACGUCCCUCCCCUUUUUCUCUCCCUCUCUUCCCCUCGCCAUCAGUUUAAACAGCUACACAACCAACAAAGUGUCUGAUCACGAGUUUGAUGUAAUUGUGUGUAGAGUAGCUACAAGUGGAAAGAAAAACCUGCAAUUCAAUCAGAGGCUCUCC